AUGGAUAUCGCGGAUAGUAGUUCCGACGUCAUCGCCAAAAGACCCAAAUCGUCAAGAAAUGACGAUGACUAUUUUAGGUCCUACGCUGAUCUGGCUGUCCACGAAGAAAUGCUGCGGGACACCGUGCGAACAAAUGCCUACAGAAUUGCCAUUCUUGGAUGUUGUGACCAAAUCGCAGGAAAAGUUGUCGCCGAUAUUGGCGCUGGUACCGGUAUAUUGAGCUGUUUCUGUGUUCAAGCAGGAGCGAAGAAAGUGUACGCCAUCGAAGCUAGUGGUAUCGUUCACCGUGCCGCUGAGGUUGUUAAAAGUAAUAACAUGGAAGAUAAGAUAGAGAUUAUACGGGGCAGAGUCGAGGAAGUUGAACUGCCUGAGAACGUUGAUGUGAUUGUCAGUGAAUGGAUGGGAUAUUUUCUAUUAUACGAGUCUAUGUUGGGCUCAGUAAUAUAUGCUCGUGAUAAAUGGCUGAAAGACACUGGUAUUUUGCUUCCGAACACUGCUUCCAUUUAUAUGGCCCCGUUGACAUGUCAAGAAUAUGGGGAGGAAUGCACCGGAAGCAGCAAUGAACAGACUGACGCCGUACUGGUUGAUACUGUAGAGAUGCAGGUGAAAUUUUGGGAGAGUAUGAAACAAUCGUAUGGCGUUGACAUGUCGUGUAUAGCAGGCUAUGCAAAACAGAAUUUCCUUUCAAGGGUUCAUCUAGGUACAAUUUCCCCUCAAUACCUUCUCUCACAUCCCUGUAAAGUGCUAGAAAUUGAUAUCAAAUCCAUAACUCAGACUGAUCUGAAUAAACUGACAGGAAAUUUUAAAUUCCAAUGUUUUGGAAAUGCUAAUAUAUAUGGUUUUGCGGGAUGGUUUUCUGUGUCCUUCCCUUGUAUGAAAGAUGUUAAAAUUUCAACAUCACCAUUAAGUCAUCCAACUCACUGGCAGCAAUGUAUAUUGUAUAUAGAAAGCCCCACGAGAGUCGAACAAGACACAGUAAUUGAAGGAAAUGCAAGUUUUAUGCAAAAUAAAACAAUGGGACGAUUCCUUGAUGUGUCUCUACAGUAUUCAGUUGGUGAAAAAAAUCAUGGAAUCAGGCAUUUUACUUUAGAUGAUUUAUGUAUCUCUUGA